AUGUCCAACUCCUCCACACUCCAUACAUAUGAACUCAGUGACUUUACUGCAUGGGAUGCUGCAAACGUCUUAGAGUUUGCCACUGCCCGAUUUGCUGCCAUCUGGCUAGUUUGCGACCAGAACCAUAUACCUCGGACACCAGAUUACAAAGCCAGCUUCAUCUGGCACCUUCAAUGGGAGGCUGAUGUGAGUGUCUCAUCAAUCAGUCCAUCAGCCGGUCGGUCAGUCGUCCUCAACAUUCAUCCAACAAUGCCCAAUCUCCUCCGCACCAUCAUUGGAAGACUUGCCAGAUUCCAAACCGGGACGAUCACCGCCAAACAAUUGCACAAUGAAUUCUUCGCACACUGCUCUCUGAAUAGCCCUGAACUGAGGGCUAUUAACCGAGUUGUGCCUAACUACCGGUACAAUUGGUGGAAGGAUCGCUUCGACCGGUUGGGGUUGGACCUGCCGGUCUUGAACAUCCAUGAGGUCAUGGAGAUGACCCAAGACCACUUCGCACAACUGCCGACGGGAGCCAUGCUUGUGCCUGGUCCUGUGGUGACUGGGCAGGUGGAUGGUGAUGCCCUCUUCAAUCAAAUCGUGGCAGUGAGGGCCCACCUCAAACAUCUCGGUGAUGCAAUGGGUGCUUUGCUGGACCAGAAGACCCAGGUUGCCACUGCAGCUGCAUCCACCAUGUCCCAACUUGAGGGACCGAUUGCCGACCUGGAGGAAGCACUUUUGAAUUCUAGUGGGCAAUUGUCGGGCAAGGAUUGA